UGGAUUGUGUGUAUGUGGAAGAGUGGAUAGUUUCGUGUGGAGCAGGUAUACUUACGAGAUCAUAGCGCGUGGAAAUGGGACCGGCCUACUGGGCCUAGACGAUGCGGCGGGGCGGGGCGAUGCGGGAGGGCGACCGCGGGGCUCCCCGCUGCCCGCACUGCCCACGCUGCCCGAGCUACCUGCGCCUGCCGUCGCGCCACAUGCACCUGCACUGCCACUACUGCACCUGUUAAAAGCGUUGAUAUUUCUUACCAUCAUCCUAGGCGCGUUAUUAGGCAAUGCCUUGGUGAUUGUCUCCGUUCAUCGACAUCGGAAACUGCGUGUACUUACCAACUACUAUGUGGUUAGCCUGGCACUGGCUGAUAUGCUGGUGGCAUUAUGUGCGAUGACCUUCAAUGCUAGUGCAGAGCUCAGUGGUUCCUGGCCCUUUGGUCCGCUAGUGUGCGACAUCUUCAACUCCUUGGACGUAUAUUUCUCAAGUGCUUCAAUUCUGCAUUUGUGCUGCAUUGCCGUUGAUCGGUACUUUGCCAUCGUACGUCCCCUUGACUAUCCGCGGACAAUGACGCCACGUACAGUCGCUUUAAUGCUGACAAAUGUGUGGUUAUGGCCAGCACUUAUUAGUUUUGUACCAAUUUUUAUGGGUUGGUAUACUACAGAGCAGCAUCGUGCCUUCCGAAAGGCCCAUCCUGACCAAUGUACAUUCCGUGCCAAUACGGCCUAUGCACUUGUGUCGUCUAGCGUGUCUUUCUGGAUACCGAGUGUGGUGAUGAUAUCAAUGUACUGCCGAAUAUUUCGAGAAGCUGUCCGGCAACGGGCAGCCUUGGCACGAACUUCUUCUAAUAUGCUCUUAAACUCUGUACAUCGGCAAAGAGCUCAGUUAUCUCAGCGUCUUCGCCCUCCUGUGCCCAGUCCAUCUCCGAGUCCUGUUCCAAGUGCACAUACCGAGUUACCCGAUUUAACUGACUUGCCUGACGCACCUGAGCCGUGCCCAAGUCCAGAAGCUAGUCCUCGGCGCUCAGACGCAGGAAGCUCUGGGUACUGUUCGGGUGGAUCACAUAAAGUGCCAAUACCAGUCCGAACUAGUUGUACUUCUGACAACAAGGAAUUUUCGAAGACUGCCACUGAACUUAAUUCACAAGGGGCGACGCUACGAGCGGCUGGAAAGGCGUGGCGAGCUGAGCAUAAGGCUGCCCGAACACUCGGCAUCAUUGUUGGUGCUUUUCUACUUUGUUGGCUGCCUUUCUUUCUAUGGUAUGUGAUAACAAACGUGUGUGGUGAGCCCUGUGCAACGCCGGAUGCAGUAGUGGGCGCCCUCUUCUGGGUUGGUUACUUCAACUCAGCGUUAAACCCUCUCAUCUAUGCCUACUUCAACCGGGAUUUUCGUGAUGCUUUCAAGAACACCCUUCAAUGUGUUCUUCCGUGCUGUUUCCGGUGCUGGAAGGACUCACCGAAUACGCACUACGUCUAAGAUUCAGAAUUAGAGCCUGGGAUUAUUGUUUAUUUAAGGAUUAAUUUGUAACAGACAACGCAAAGUAGUCGCUAGUUUUAAGCGUUUUUUUUCCUCAAAUCAUCCAAAAUACGCGGCAAAAAAAUUAUUUUAUUCAAUUUCAUAUUAAAUUCUAGAAAAACAAUUUAAAUUUGUUAAACAUGGUCCCUAUUAAAAGAUUUAAAAAAUGCUUACUAAAGGUUUAGAGUACGUUUGAAUAAAGUAAACAUUAAAAAAGCAAUAUGAGAUUUUGCAGCUUUUGUCGUGCGGAACUAGUCUUCUUAAAAAAGAAAAUAAAAUAAAUACAUGUCAAAAAAUGUUUACAAUAUAAAAUACCACUUGACAACAAAAAAAAUUCAAAACGUACCCUCGGCAGUUAAAUGUCAUAUAACUUUUUGACAGAGAUAAUUCUAUGUUUUAAGUUAGCUUCUCUAAGUAAAUAUCUGUGAUUAUUAUUUAUUUAUUAAGCAAUAUAUUGUCUUUAAUAUAAGAUAUUAGUGAUAUUAAGUUGUUAAAUUUUAUUAGUGUAAUGGUUAAGACGUAAUGAUACUUAAGAAAUGUAGUUUAAAGUAAGAAAUCAUUAGAAACGCUACAAGCUACAUUGGAAAUAUUAUUUUACCGCGCUUAGCUUUGUUUUCGAAAGUUUCUCGGUAGAAAACAGGCAAUAACUUUUUGUAACCUAUGAUAUUACUCAUACGCUAUGAAAGAAUAAUAACAACAUCUAUAAACAAUUAUUUUUACUUUAAAUUAAAAAAUAGUAUAUCUGCCCAUUAUUAUUUAUCUGAAGCAUUUUGUAAUAAUAACAAUUGCGAAAAGCCCAUUAAUACUAAAGAGAUAUUCAAAUGCUCUUUUUAACUUUAUAGAACAACUUUUGCAGAAAUACUUUGAAGAUGAACAACAAAUUCAGUUCCAAAGUAUGAACAAAACUUCACCAAAGUUGAAUUUACUGUGCACCGAGAAGAUCGGAAUUUAUUUUGACAGUUCUGAAGUUAGUUUUAACGAUGUCCAUAUAGCUCGCGACAUAUUUAAUUACAAAUAUUGUCAUCUAUAAACACUUGGAGAUAGUCCUCUACCAAUUUCGCUUAGCUGUAUGAAAAUUUUAGUUAUUGAUAUAAUAUACCCAGUGCUUGCAAGGUAUCUGUCAUGCUAUAUUAGACGACGUAUCAUGUUAAUUUUAAGAAUAAAGGAAUUUGUAGGAUAUCAUGAUAGUCCAACUAUUAAUUAUUAUGUAGUUCAAUAUUGAGAAACAAAAGUCAAAUAUUUACGACACAAAAUUUGUGUUUGCUGUUAUUAAUAUAACCAUUUACAUUAAGCUUUAUUAUGUAAUGUUAUUAUGUAAUUUAAAUUUCUGUCAGUACAGACGUGGACCUGACCAUAAUAAAAUUUAUAAUUUGUCCUGGGUAUGAACAAACCCAAACACAGUUAUUUCUUAAUUAGUAUUGUGUAGUUGCUCAAACUGCAAUAACUAGAAUUAACACGUUUUAUAUUAAAACAAAAUCAAUACAUAUUUUACACAGCUUAACACUUAUUAAAAUAAGGAGAAUAACCCUGCAUCUGCACUCAUGUCACGGAAAAUUGGCUGUCACGUCAUUAACUCUCCAAUAUCACUUCAUAUCAUUCAAAUUACAGUUAAUGGAACACUUAAAAUAUGUAGCACUGGCAAAAACAUUAAAUAUUGUAGUCAUGAAGCUAGAACGUAAUUAAUGUUAUAGUUUUAGUACUUGUAGAAUCAAAUAGAGCUGUCAUUGUCGACAAUAGGUUGUAGACUGCUACGACGUAGAUUGCUACGUAAAGCUACGCUUCAAACCACCGAUAAAGCUCGUUGUAAGUUCAAAACCGCCUAGUGUUUACAACGUAGAAUACUAUGGAGCAGUUUGUACGGUGUAGCGCCACGUACUACGCGGAAAAAUACAAGUCAUUCGACUUUAAUAGGAAUUUCAAUAUUAUACUGUGAUAGAGGUCGUUUAGCGUUAGUUAAAAUUUAUAGUGCCAGUGCAUUAUCUGACCUAGUAAAACUUUCUCCUGAUGAGAUCUUUUUUAUCUGGUAAAAUCAUGCCUUUAACUCAGAUAAAGUGAUGGCAUUACUUGUUGUUGUUACAAACUUGAAUUUUUAAUAUUUUAAAAUGUGCCCUGUAUAUAGAAAACUCUUAUAGGCUGCAUAUUUAUGUUAAUUUUGGCUUUAUAUUAAGUUAAUUUGAUUACAUAUGUGUUUAAUAAUUUAGUGAUUUAUUGUGUAAAUAUUUACAAUUUGAAAAGGGGAAAACAAAUACGUAAACAUUGAUUUAUAAAUGAAAGUUUAUAAGAAUAAUAUGUAAUUAUAUUAUACUUGAGUCUUAUACUCAGAAUUUAUGUUUUAUUCCUAUGAUAAUAUUAGUCACAUUUAUUACUUCUAAUAUAUCGUACGCAACGCUUCAUGAUCGUUAACUUUCGAAUCUUCUAAGCACCUAAAAUAUAAUAUUACAUAUGUUUAAAUGAUAUAUUAUGUAUAGAAUGCAUUUCUCUAGCUAAGGUGACCUUUUGCAUAUCUUUCUGUUAUACGGGUGAUGUAGCAGUAUACCAAAUACUUUCUUUAAUUAAAAUUUUUCAAAAGCCUAGCUAUGUUACAUAUUCUUCUCUUUAACUGGCGUUAAGAAUAAAUAUUAAAUACCAAUUUUUAAAACGCUAGCAACGUACUCGCGAGCGUUCUGGCAUUGAGAGUGUCCAUGGACGGCAAUUAUCACUCAUCAGAUUAUCUUUCUGGCUGUUCUUAAAAAAAAAGGAUGUCAAAAAUGACAGGUUCCACUCGGAAAAUGGAGGACUUAUAAUAAUUUUAAACCUAACAAUAUAUUAUAUAUUUUCUUAGCUGCGCUAAGAUGCGCUAGCGUAAAUUAGUAAAUUUUUAAAAGUAAUUAAAUUUGUACGCUUUAACGCUUUUCGGAUCCCGAACUCUAUUCAUCGCUGCAUAUGCAAGUGGUCGGAUUCAGUAAACAUUGCAGUGCGGCGUCAAGCCUUCUGUGAUAAACGCAAUUCAGUAAUCUGUAAAUAUUGUAAAAAUUAGGAGUAAAGAAAGAAGCAAUAAUAUAUUUCGUUGUUAAGCUUUAGCUGAAUGUGAUGUAUUAGAUUUACCCGUUAAGCAUUAGUGAUACGAAGGCAAUGGUUUUUAUCUCUGCGUAUUAAUGUGUAGAAUGUACAAAACGUUAUAAUAUACCGUCGAUAUAUUA